UAUUUGGCACCACUCACAUCUGGAAUUCAGACGGGGACACUCAAGUUCGCCAGCAGCGUCAAGGAAAUUAUCGAUUUUCGCAUGUGAAGUGAAAAAAGUGACUCCGUUGGCAAAAAACUGUAGGGUUAGCAGUGAAUUCCAGUGAAAUCAAAACCCAAAACAGAUACCACUGACUAACUGAGAGCCCCAGCUAGCCUGUAGUGGUGGGCGUGGCAGCUGGUCGGACAUGGCCGACAGCGAAUUCGAGGAGUUCCACAGGCCCAUAUUUGAGCCACACACGAUUGCUGGAUUCGGUUCUGGAGCAGGCAGCAAGAAGAACAAUCCCCAUGCAUUUUACUCUUUAAUUCCCAACGAUGACCUGGAGGACUCGCACUCCUCGAAGAGCGAUGGCGACGGCUCCGAUCAGGAGGAUGGCAUCGGUCUCGUGGAUCACGAGCCCAAGAUGCGGCAGGUGGAGGACGAUGAGCUGGGCGACGGCCUGAAAGUCACUCUGUCCUCGGACGGCUCACUGGACACGAACGACUCCUUUAACUCGCACCGGCAUCAUCCGUUGAACCACCAGGACGCGAUUGGUGGCUUCCUGGGCAUGGACACCAGUGGUCUGGGUGGCAAUAGUGCUCCUGUGACCAUUGGAGCCAGCACAGAUCUGCUGGCACCCAACACAGCUGCCACGCGACGUCGUCGCAAGUUGCCGGAGAUACCGAAAAACAAGAAAUCUUCCAUUCUGCAUCUUCUAGGUGGCUCCAACUUUGGCUCCCUGGCGGAUGAGUUCCGCAACGGUGGUGCUGGUGGUGGUGGUGGUGGUGGAGGAGGAGUACCGCCAGCAGUUCGCGGUGGACAACAGCGCUCAUUUCUGUCCCUCAAGUGCGGCUACUUGAUGGACGAGGACUCCAGUCCGGACUCGGAGCGGAUGCAGAGUCUGGGCGACGUGGACAGCGGUCACAGCACGGCGCACUCGCCCAACGACUUCAAGAGCAUGUCGCCGCAGAUCACGUCUCCCGUUUCGCAGUCCCCCUUCCCGCCGCCCUUUGGGGGCGUGCCCUUUGGCCAGCUGGAGAUGCUGGAGGCCACGCACCGCGGGCUGCACAAGUUUGUGCCGCGGCACCACGACGAGAUCGAGCUGGAGAUCGGCGACGCCAUCUACGUGCAGAAGGAGGCCGAGGACCUGUGGUGCGAGGGCGUGAACCUGCGCACCGGAAGGCAGGGCAUCUUCCCCUCGGCCUACGCCGUGGACCUGGACUACAACGAGUUCGAUCCCACAGUGCAGCUGGUGAAGAAGGAGCGCUACCUGCUGGGCUACCUCGGCUCCGUGGAGACGCUGGCGCACAAGGGCACGGGAGUCGUCUGCCAGGCGGUGCGCAAGAUUGUCGGCGAGUACGGCAACUCGCCCACCGGACAGACCUGCAUCCUGGAGGUCUCCGACCAGGGACUGCGCAUGGUGGAUCGAUCGGGGCCGAAUCAAAACAAAAAGGACAAGAAGCCGUGCAUCGACUACUUCUACUCCCUGAAGAACGUCUCCUUCUGCGCAUUCCACCCUCGCGAUCACCGCUUCAUUGGCUUCAUCACCAAACAUCCCACGGUUCAGCGGUUCGCCUGUCACGUCUUCAAGGGCUCCGAGUCCACCAGGCCGGUGGCCGAGGCAGUGGGCCGUGCUUUCCAGCGAUUCUAUCAGAAAUUCAUUGAAACCGCCUAUCCCAUCGAGGACAUCUACAUUGAGUAGGUUUGUGCUUCUAGGCGAAGGCGAAUUCAUUAAUCAAUACGAUACGAUAUAUUUUUUGUGCGG